AUGACGGCCGCCGCCCCUGCCCCGCUGCUGCCACUGCGAGCCACCGCCGCGCUCCUCGCAUUCAACCCGUCGGAGGCGGACCUGAUCCGCCACCUCCACCGCAAAGCCCGCUGCGGCGGCGGCGGGAACCACCUGCUGUUGCCGGAGAUCAACGUGUACGGCGACCUGAACCCUUGGGAGAUGUUCGACAAGGCCGCGGUGGACGUCUGGUUCUACGCCUUCGCCAGGCUGAAGCAGCGCGGGCCGUCGCGGUUCCACCGCAGCGUCGGCAGGGGGAGCUGGACGAUGAAGAGCACCCACACGGCGAGCGACGGCGCCAGCCUCAAGCGCUUCUUCAUCUACGAGGAGAAGGACGCCGCCAAGGAGGAGGGCGGCGGCGACAACAACGGGCACUGGACGAUGCACGAAUUCUCGCUGCCCGGGGCCAAGGACAACGAUUUCGUCAUCUGCAGGGUCAAGAACCGGCGGUGGAAGCAGAAGAGGACGCUGCCGGCGCCGGGGAGCGGCAAUGCCGGUGGUAAUUUGAUUGAUUUGUCCGCGGCGGAGGAGGAGGAUGAGGAGGAGGAGGAGGAGGUUGAUUGGGAGGCGAUUAUAGAAGAAGAGAUGGAGGCGGAGGCGGAGGCGGAGGAGGAGGAAUCGGAGCCCGUGGCCGUGGAAUUGAGAGGUGAGGCUGUGAAAUCGAUUGGGGAUUUUGAUUUGGAGUCGAAGGAGGAGGUUUUGGCCAUGGUGGAUAACUUUUGGGCGGAGCCGCCGGCCGACAUUGGUGAGAUACUCUGUUCCAGGUUGUGGACGGCGACGGCGGCGGUCCCUGUUGCUGAUCGGAGGGAAUUCGGCUGA